AAAUCAUAUUUAAACAGUUCGUAGUUUCUGAGUUUUCGGGAAAAUAAACAAUGAUUAUUCGGAGGCUGGUUCUAUUUGCAGCAUCGAAUUCAAAUCCCGGACGGCCUCAAUCACUUUCCGCUUCUACUGUUCGACUUCUCUCAUCAUCAUCUUCGGAUAGAUAUACGCCGUCGUCGCAACGAUACUCCGGUGACGAUAAGCUCGCUAGGCUAAAGCACAAAGAUUGGUUAGCCCCAAACGAGGUUUUGAAAAUCUUCGAGAAUGUCAAAGAUCCGAGCUUUCUGAUGCCGGCUUACCAACAUUACUCUAAACGUAAAGAUUAUCAACCGACGGAAUCUCUCUACGCCCUUCUGAUCAACAAGUUUGGACAAGCUAAAAUGUUCGAUGAAAUCGAAGAGGUAAUGAGUACUAUAAAGCUUGAGAAAAGAUGUCGUUUUUCAGAGGAUUUCUUCUACAAUUUGAUGAGGAUUUACGGGAAUUUAGCCGGAAGAAUCAACCGAGCGAUCGAGAUUUUGUUCGGUAUGCCGGAUUUCGGAUGCUGGCCAAGCGCCAAAAGUUUCAAUUUCAUUCUGAAUUUACUUGUUUCGGCGAAGUUGUUCGAUGAGAUUCAUAAGAUCUUUGUGAGUGCUCCUAAGCUGGGUGUUGAAAUCGAUGCUUGUUGUUUGAAUAUACUCAUCAAAGGACUGUGCGAGAGUGGGAAUUUGGAAGCUGCACUCCAACUGCUCGACGAAUUUCCUAAACAAAAAUCACGGCCUAAUGUGAUGACGUUUUCACCUUUGAUCCGUGGUUUCUGUAAUAAGGGAAAGUUCGAAGAAGCUUUUAAGUUGUUGGAGAGGAUGGAGAAGGAACGAAUCGAACCAGACACUAUCACGUUUAACAUUUUGAUUUCAGGGCUUAGGAAGAAAGGUAGGGUUGAAGAAGGGAUUGAUCUUUUGGAGAGAAUGAAGCUAAAGGGGUGUGAACCAAAUCCUGGGACUUAUCAGGAGGUGUUAUAUGGUCUCUUGGAUAAGAAGAGGAACUUGGAAGCUAAAGAGAUGAUGAGUCAGAUGAUUUCAUGGGGUAUGAGACCCAGUUUUCUGUCGUACAAGAAGAUGGUUCUGGGGCUCUGCGAAACGAAGUCGGUUGCAGAAAUGGACUGGGUUUUGAGGAAAAUGGUGAAUCAUGGUUUUGUUCCAAAAACAGGCAUGUGGUGGAAAGCCGUUUGCUGUGUUGUUUCAAAGAACAAUGACUCUCAAGCAAAUUUGGAUCGCAUUACUGCUGGCAAGGAAACUCCUGGAUAAGGUUCAUACAUUCUGCUGUAUUGUUUAGAAGAUAGAACAUGCUGAGCGAAGCUGUCUGUUCUUCAAAUGGGAGAAAAUGGAAGAAGCAAGACAAAGACUCGAAACUAAAAAGCUGUACAAGAAUCCUUUGGCGUACAUCUACAGCUAAGCUAAUCAAAAUUUCAUCCUCAAGCUUGUGGUUAUUUACCUAUGAUUCCUUUUCAAUCCUUCGAUUCUUGGGGGUGGUGACUUUCUUGGCUCCAGCAAAAGAGUUCCUGGCAUCACUAUAUGUAGUUUCCAAGUUUGCUAAAUUUAUCUUUGUUUCUUUGUUUUUCGAAAUGUCUGCUUUCGAAUCGUCCUUGGAGUUUGCUGAUGUAUUUACAUUAUCAUCUUCACCUGCCCUGACAGAUUUUCCUUCAA